UAUUCUGUCGCAAAUAACUCUAUUAAAUGAUUAAAUGGUUUGGUAAUAAGACCGAACUAAUAAUUGGAGGCGCUGGACAAUUAAACUAAUAGUUCAUGUGAAUGGUUUGGUGCUGAUUUAAACUGUACACUUUCUCACAAUGUAUGAAUGUAGCAGCUACAGAGAGAAGUGCAGUGCAAGUGUCACGCAUUGAGAGCGACAGUCAGGAAUAAGAAGAAGAGGAGGAAGAAGAAGAGGAACUAUUCCAGAUGACCUUUAAUUAAAAAAAAAAUCAGUGUUGACUUUAUUUGAAGUCUAAUAUAAAGUACUGAAGAUAUAAAGGUUUUGAAUAAAUAUAAAAAGGAAGCACCAUGGAAAAGAAAUUGCUUAUAGAUGUAGACUGUGGAGUGGACGAUGCUCAGGCUAUCAUGAUGGCUCUGGCUGUGCCGGAUGUGCAGAUCCUGGGUUUCACCUGCGUUCAUGGCAACUCCUCCAUAGAGAAUGUGUGCAAAAACGUCCUGCGAGUCCUACAAGCUUGUGACCGGAUGGAGAUUCCUGUAUUCAGAGGGGCAUCAAAGCCACUUCUUGGGGAUUCUAUAAAUGCUUCUCUGUUUCAUGGACAUGAUGGGCUUGGUGAUGCUCCAGACCCAAAUGCUCCUGGUCUGGAACUAGUACAAAAGGAGGGAGCCGUUUCAGCCAUCAUCCGCAUCGUUAACGAGCAUCCAGGAGAGGUAUCUUUAGUGGCUACAGGUCCUUUGACAAACCUAGCACUAGCAGUAAGGUUGGAGCCUAUGUUGCCCGAGAAGCUGAAAGGCCUGUACGUCAUGGGAGGCAACACAGAUUCGAGGGGGAACACUACUGUAUGUGGAGAAUUCAACUUUACAGCAGACCCUGAAGCAGCGUAUAUUGUAUUGAAUGAAUACCUGUGCCCAACUUACAUCGCCUGCUGGGAGUUCACUUGCCGCCACAGCUUGCCCUGGGAGUUCUGUGAUACUUGGCUAGCUCAGGAUACCGCAAAAGCUCGGUUCAUGAAGAAGAUCUUCCAGCACAGCAUGGACAUGUGUAACAAUGAGAGGCUCUGCAAAGAGCAAGUAGCUGAACCAGGAUUUAUUUCUUGUGAUUCGUUUGCCAUGGCAGCUGCCAUCAAUGACAAGAUCAUCGAGAGUGACCAUAAGGCCGUAACUGUAGAGCUCACUGGUAAACAUACCAGGGGAAUGAUGGUGGUAGAUCACAUUGAUGAACUGAAGAAGACUCAUAAAGCUUACAUUAUGAAGAAGAUGGAUUUAGAAGAGUUUAAAACGCUUCUAAUAAAUGCUUUGAAAUGAUAAUUUUAAUUGGGCUCAUAACAGCAAAUUAGUGUAGCUGAAACCAGCUGAAUCAGAUCUUGUUUUUGUAUUUUAAUUGCGGAACUUGUAAUUAAUGUUCUUUUGUACUGAUUAUGGCUGACAGCAGUAUUUAAUAUAAUCUAACAAAUACCAUUGUUUAAAAAAAGUGUUUUUUUUU